GCUGGUUCACGCGUAUUUGCCAGCAUAACAGGAGAGAGGCAGAGAGGGAGAGAGAGAGAGCUGGCACAAGAGUAGGAAAAGAGAGGGGGAGAGUUCAGUGUGUAUGUCUCCUGGGGAGAAGCACACAGUCAAUAUCCAGGUCUCCAGCAAACAUCUAUGAGCCUCCUCUAUAAAGCUGCUGUGCUACUGUACGGACCCACGAAGGCAGUUUAAUUAUCAGUCUAGCAGAGGGCAAACAGUUCAGCACAGACCAGCAGCUAGUUGCAGUGGCAGCAGCUUGCCCAGGAGUUUAAGUCUUUUAGAUGCUGACAAGAGCCGAGACAAAGUGAGCAGAGAUCAAUCAACUGAACAGAAAAUGACUGCUGCAGCAGCUCAGGAACUUGACGAGCGAUGUUUCCUGUCGGCGCAGUCCAUGCCCAAUCUGAAGGUAUCUGAACACUUCAAGGUGGUAAAGCUCCUGGGAGAGGGAUCCUACGGAAAGGUCAUGUUAGCUGUACACAGGAAGAGAGGAACCCCCAUGGCUCUGAAGUUCUUCCCUCGUGAGUCCACCUCGCUCACCUCUUUCCUGCGUGAAUACAACCUCUCCCUUUCUUACUGCACCCACCCGUCUCUGACGCGGGCCCUCGGCAUCUUCUUUUCCACGCCGACCUACUAUGUGUUUGCCCAGCAAGCCGGUCUAUACGGUGACCUCUACAGUGUGAUAGUGUCAGAGGUUGGCGUGGACGAAGAGUGUGUCCAGAGGGUGAUGGCCCAGCUGAGCGGUGCCGUUACACAUCUCCACUCCCUGGGCUUCGUCCACCGCGACAUCAAACCUGAGAAUAUCUUCCUGUGCGACAGCUCCUGCCGCUGGGUCAAACUGGGCGACUUCGGCCUCUCCCGGGCCAUCGGCGCCACCGUUCGCGCCGUCUGGUACGAGUCACCCUUCUGCACUCCUGAGGUGGAACCUUCCAAGGAGGUUCAGAACAACUGGGAUGGGAAUGAGGAGGACGUAGAGGACAUUUGGAUAACAGUGGAGCCCUGCAUUGACAGCUGGGCCCUCGGCGUGCUAGUCUAUUGCCUCUUAACUAGCUGCUUCCCCUGGCAGGAGAGCACCCACGAUGACCGCGGCUACCGAAGGUUCAAGGAGUGGUUUGACCGCGAGGCUGAAAAGGAGGAGAAGAUGAGAGCUGGCGAGUGGAGGCGUGAGGAGGAAAUAGACAGUUAUACGAUCAUGAAGGAGAACCAAAGGGACAACCCUCCUCCCUCACAGUUUAAGGGCCUCAGCCCGCUAGUGAUGACUCUUUUCAAGGAGCUGCUCCACCCCGAGCCCAAACACAGAGGGAGCUCCGAGGAGAUCCUGAGCUACCUGGGAGGGCCGUGGCUGACGGAGACGGAGAUGGAGGAGAAGAGGAAGGCGGAGGAGGCAGAGAAGGAGGCCAGAAAAAUAAGAGAGGGAGGAGGUGUAGAAGAGGAGCUGGUGAGGGAAGGAAGAGGGGAGAGAUAAGCUUUGUCUUUAUAAAAGACAGGUUUGAAAUGAAUGUAACAUGUUUGAAAAACAUGUAUUUUUGUGUAUGAUUAUAGAUUUAAAUCUAAUACAAAUGUAUAACCUAUAAGGUGCUAUAUUUUCAUAUUUUUUUUAUAAAUAUCCUGGAAGUUACCACUUCCAUUGUUGUAUAUAUUCCAGUGUGUGUGUAUAUGUGUCUUAAUGAAAAGAGUCUGUAGACAGUAUGAUGUGUGAAACUACAAGCUGUAUAGUACUGUAUCACAAUUGUUGUACAAUAAACUCCUUGUAUUUAA